GCUCCCUGCUUGGAAAGAGGGGGAGGGAGACACAGCUCAACAGUUACUACAGGAAACGGAAGAGACCAAAAGACAGAAGUCAUUUCAAAACCCCAGGGUUGUGCAGAUGAUUCAGUCUGUGUGCAUUUGCAGGGUUCUCCUCCUCCAAAACCGUUAUCAGCCACUCCUUACGUCUCCUGCUGGCUCCUUCUUCUCCUCGUUUCUCUGUUUGUGGCAAACAGCCCCCACCCUGAACACCAGGAGAAGUCUUUUUCAACAAAAAGAGGAGAUGCCCCCUCAGCCACAGGUGAAGAGAAGUUUCCCGGAAUUCCUCAAGAGCUUUAUCGGGAUUGUACGGGUCCUCCAGAUCCUGCUGGGAGCCGGGCUUUGGGUCACCAUCGCAGCCAACAAAUAUGAAGGCUCCAUUCACUAUGUGCUGUUUGUGGCUGUGCUUUUCUGGCUCCUCACAUUAGCCAUCUUCAUCCUCACGCUUCUGGACAAGCAGGACCUCGUUCCCAUCGUCGGAGGAGAACGCUGGUUGUUGAGCAACGCCAUCCACGACGUUGCUGCCACUCUGCUGUAUCUGUCUACCAUUGGGGUCAUGAUCUACAAAACCCAAAAGAACUCCUACUGCAACCUGGACGUCUACAAACAUCACUGCUUGUACAAGGUCUACCUCACUGCCUCCAUCUUCGCCUGCCUCACCGCCAGCGUCUAUCUGCUCUCUGCCAUCUACUGCAGCUACAGGAAAUGUCGAGGUGAGCAGACAGUUGUAUGAAAAAUGACUGCAUCCCUCACACCCUGCAACAGCGAGACCUUUUGGCAAGCUUUUUCUGAGACUUAUAAGUCCUUUUUUUUUAAUCAAAGCAGAGGGUUGGUCCUCUUGUCUCAGGCUUUCAGGUUUGUUGCUUUUUAUACAGUAAUUUAUAGAGCUUUUGUACUGCAGUCACACUUAAGUCUAUUUUACAUUUGUUUGUAUGUUGCUGGAGCUCUCUGUAUAAGUAGUUUUUUUUUUUGUAUUGUGUUACUGACAACUCAAAGAGCAGUUUGUUGUUUGGCGAAACCAUGUAUUUUUUUUUUUUUUUUUUCAUUUGAUAUGACAAAAUGUGUACAUAUGCGUGACUGUUUGAUAAUCCUAGAAUGAAUUGCACUGCAUCAAAGAUCUUCACUUCUUCAGCUUUUAAAGAGGGAAAAUAUUUCAUGCAAGACAAAUCAACUAGUGUAAUAUGUGGUUAUUAACAAACUGUUAUUAAGAAAGAAAUAAAGGACAUGCAUUUAACUUAAUUUCUGUGUUAUUUUUAAUGUUUAAAUAAAUGGUUUCCUAAUUAGCUUUGGUGAACUUAGGAAUAAAGGGUGUAAUUCACCAGCCAGACCAACAUAUUAUGUACUCUUGUGUUGGUCUUGGGUCAUGUGCAAAGAACAGAGAUGUUGGGACAGCGCUACCCUAUGCAGUCAUGAGUUUUAGGAGGAAUACAGUGCAAGUCCAAACCACAAAUUGUGUGUGAAUGUGUUUCUACAUUUCAGAAUAUUAUGUCAUAACUCAUGAUGUUCUAUGUAUUGGAUGAAAAAUACAGUAAAACUGUAAUAUGACAAUUAUUACAUACUUAUUACAGUUUAACAAUUUACAACUAUAUUCAUUUAUUUUUAUUUUUCCAUUACUCUAGUUUCCAGUGUCACAUGAUCCUUAUAUUUAAAAAAUAAAUAAAUUUAACUACACUUUACACUAAUCAAAAAUGACAAAGACACUUGCGGUUUUAUAAAAUAUUUCUAUUUCAAACAGAUCCUGCUCUUUUUAACCUUUAUUUUUAGUAAUCACAGAAUCCAAAAAUGCAUCACAAAAAUAUAUUAAACAGCAAAAACAGCAACUUUCAACACUGAUAACUAGAGCCAUUAUUAAUAAUUAAUAAUAACUGGUCUCCUUUUUGCCAGAGUAGGAUAUUUUCUGCUCAUCAAUGUCAUGCUAGUCUUGAGUAGCUAAACUUUUGACAUACAACAUGAAGUCUGAUCCACUUUCAAGCACAUUCUUUUUUUAUGUGAUGUUUAGUUGCAAGUUAUAAAAAUAUUUUAUUACAAGAAUCACAUCGAUAAUUAUUAAAUUUAUAAAAUUACAAGCAGUACACAGAAAACCUAAAAAAUCUUUUUUUUUUUUUUUUUUUUUUAUAAAAUAAUUUACCAUCCAAAAGCAAUAAUUCCAGAUGAUUUAAAAUUAUGCAAUCAGGUAUCUACUUUACUUGCUUUUAAGUGGCUAAAACAAAACUCUGUGUCUAAAAGUGUCUUUAAAUGUACUUACUCUCUAACCAAAAUGUUGGCAAGUCGAACAUGUAGUUCUGCUUGAGAAGUGUUCAUUGUUUCAACCCAAUUGGAAAAUUGUAUUAGAAAUUGCAUCAUGUUUUUUAUUAUCACUCUAGCAACAGAGUAAAAUAUGGUAGAGUGCGCCAGACAAUAUGAACUGUAUUUGUAUUUAUAUGUUGGAAUGGGCCAUUGGCACAUACUCACCAUGAAAUAUUGAAAGAUUAAGAAUGCAUGGACACAUUUGUACAACAUUCUCUACAAACACAGGCAGGCUAUGAAGCUAAAUAAAUAAUGUAUAAUGACUCAUAUAUGGCCAGAUGUGAGGUCAACAAAUGAUCAUUCAACAGGAAUCAUGCAAAAUGGUUGCCCAGCUUUCAUUAUUACAGAUGGAUCAUGAUUUGUGGCAAAUGCAGGAAGCAGCAGGACUGAAACACACAGAUGUCAUUAACUGAUGAAAACCAUGUAAAACAUUACUGUAUGUGGGCCAAGACUGUAACAAAAAUGGCUUUGUAGUCAUGACUCGAAUACAAACUGUCAAAUAAAGCUAUUUAGAGACUGACUUCA